GAAAACACAAAUACAAUUUCAAGACAGAAUCAAACAAGUACCGCUCUCAAAAUAAACAAAUUUUUAAAGAACUUAAAUGCCUUGGAUACCUACAACCGACUUCGAAGAAGAGGUGGUAAAUUUACAACCACAUCAUGACUUCAUAUACGGGGUCCUCUCCGAACCUCAACACAGUAGUUAUCCAAGACCCAAAAACCAUACAGAAUAUGCUGCCAACAAAAAGGUGGAAAGCACCACGAAAAUAAAUGGAAAGUUGCAUGCAAUACAACAAGUACAACGUAUGGCUAGCACCAAACCGGUGGGUGAACAACCCACUAUUGAUGAUUGGGAAAAUAAUAAGAAAAUUGAACAGGAAACAAUUGGUAUGAUGCGUUACUGUGGCAUGGGUGUAAGUGUUGAACAACCUCUAAAUCAAAAAGUAACUAUGGCAACAUUUCCAGUGCAAAAUAAAAUCAAACUAGUGCAGAAUGGUCGUAGAAAAGUGGCUUUGUUUUUUGAUAAUAAUGUUUUUAAAUUAAAGGAAAAGGUGUCGGAUACCUCAUCGGGUUUUGAUAGCUGCAAUAAUAGUAUUUCCAGCGAAUUUAAAAAUGAUCACAAUGAUUCUUUAGCUUCUGUAGCGGAAACUAGCUGUAAUACAUCUUUUGUUAGCACUACUUCAUCUUUAAAUUCAUUUAGUACUGCCCGAGAUAAUAGUGAGUCUUUUUCCACUACUUCGGCUAACAAAACAUCAAAUUCGCUUCAACUUAAAGAUCAACGUUUACAGCAGUAUCAUACAUUACUGGGGGACACGGCUUUGUUAUCCUUGAAUAGUUCUAAUAGCAGUGAGAAACCAUGCACUGAUUCUUUUGAAACUGCCGAAGAUAUACCACGUUGGAAACCAAUUUCAGAUAAUGAGGAAAAUAUCUUUGAUAAGGCGGAAAAUUGGCCAAUUUUAAGUAAUAAUAAAUAUAACAGUCCUGAUCCGUGCUAUAAUAAAGAUAAUUCAUUAAAUAUAACUCAAAGCGAUUUAGCGGAUGAUGUUUCUAGUGUCACCACCAACACCAGCAGCAGCACCAACAGCAAUAGUAGUAAUCAAGCUAAAAGAAUCAACUUAUUAGAUCGUUUUAUUAAAUCGGAAAAUUCGGAUGAUUUAAAUACCACUAGAUCCCUCAACCUAUGCAGCUAUAACUAA